UGCCCCUAUGCUACGAUAAAGCAAAUCACGAUCGUGGUGCGUACAUUCUGCUGACUGGCAUUUAAUCUUCAUCAUCCGGUUGGUUGAAGCUUUUCUGCCACGCCGAUGAGAUGCCUCCACGAGCUGCACAUGAAGAGUAUCCGACAUGGGUUGGAUUUGUGUUCGUCUUCAAUCUGAUUGUGGGCACCGGAGCACUAGCGCUACCAUCCGCUUUUAGCCACGCGGGAUGGAUCCUCGGUUCGUUGGCCAUUGUGGUACUGGCGUUCAUGAGCUACGUCACGGUAACGUUCGUUAUCGAAACGAUGGCCUGUGCGAAUGCCGUCCAUAACUGGAAGCGUUUACAGUUUAUCAAACGCGAUCGCGUGAUCGAGCACGAUGAGGACAGCAAUGUAGAAACGCUGAUCGAACAACCUCCUUUAUCGGUCGAUUCCGAGUCGGACAAUGAAGCUGCAGGGGCGGACGAACGCGAUCAGCUGUUGACGGAUGCGAGUAUUGAGCAGAUGCCGCUUAACAUCAUGUACUGCCGGAAGACAUACUACAGCCUGUCGGCCAAGAUCGAGCUGGGCGAGAUGGCGAACCUGUUUUUCGGCAGCACGCAACGUUUUCUCUUCUACUUCUGUCUGGCGGUGUAUUUGUACGGUGAUUUAAGCAUUUAUUCUGCGGCCGUUGCCAAAAGUUUGCGCGAUGUAGCCUGUGCGCAUAACCAUCGGGCCAAUGCAACGGAUGACGACGAUGGUACGGAUCGGUGCUGGCAGGACGGUAUACUUACACGGCUGGAUGUGUAUCGGUUGUGUUUGGUCGCGUUCGUCACCAUUCUAGGGCCGUUCACGUUUUUUAACGUGCAGAAAACGAAAUAUCUGCAGCUCCUCACUGUGCUGUUCCGCUGGCUUGCCUUCUCCGUGAUGAUCAGCAUCGCCAUCCACCGAUUGCUCGCACCGGUUGAUUCCAACACGCUACCGGUCACACCGAAACGGGCGGACAUUUCCGGGAUUCCAUACCUGAUCGGUACAUGCAUUUACUCCUUCAUGUGUCAUCAUUCACUGCCGAGUCUGCUGACUCCGAUCGCUAACAAGGCCCGGUUGAAGGAAUUACUUUCACUCGAUUACGUGCUGAUCGGUGGUUUCUAUUUAGCGCUCGCCCUAACCGGGAUCUUCGCGUUUGCCGACAUUAAAGAUCUCUACACACUUAACUUUGUACCGAGUGCAGACCAGACGAACGGUUUGCUGAAAGCGGUCGAGUACUUCCUGGCACUGUUUCCAGUGUUUACGCUAUCGGCCAGCUUCCCGAUCGUGGCCAUUACGCUGCGCAAUAAUCUGCAAACACUCUUCCUCGAUCCGGCCCAGCUGGAAACGUACAAUUUCUUCCUGCGCCGUGUGUUCUUCCCACUGCUCGCCAUUCUUCCGCCACUGAUCGUAUGCUACUUUACGGAGAGCGUUAGUAAUCUGGUCGGCUUUACCGGGUGUUACGCUGGGACCGGCAUCCAGUACCUGAUCCCGAUAGCGCUCGUACUUUCCGCGAGGCGGACCUGCGACAACAUGAUCGGGCGGGGCAUUGUGAAUGAAUUCCGAAGCCCGUUCAAGGGUACGCUGUGGCCGAUGCUUGUGCUCGGUUGGACCGUCGCUUGCUUGGUACUGGUGACGAUCGAUCUGGUCAUCUGAAAAGCUGGAGCCCCAGACAAAAUCAAAUCAAAGGAGACUGAGUGGUGCGCUGUGAGAUUGGAACGGUUUUGAGGACAACAACAAUAAGCAAUUGGUACAAUUGUGAACGCACAAACAAACAGUUUAGCGUGUUAGAGGUGAGGAAAUGGAACUAAUAGAGGCAAAGAUGAUUUUACUAUAUUUACAUUCUGCAAAAAAGGAUCCUAAAUAUGCAACUUGUGCAAUGUUCCACAAAAAAUUGGGUAGCACAUUGAAUGUAUGACACUGGAUAGCAUAAUAUCGUGGCUCAUUUCGACAGGCGAAGAGCACUAUUCCAAGAAUCCGCCGGUUUUGUAUGCGUAUAGCCUGAUUUACUACUGCCACUAAACAUCCCCUCGUAUUGGGGUCGAAUUUCCUACCGAUUGCGCAUAAAGCGAACGUGGAGGCAGGCUGUAUUUGUUGAAGCUACCACAACUACUCUAGCGGAAUGAAACGCUUUGACUAGACAACACCGAGCUGUUAGUCAUACGUUAAUCAUCGUGUAGAAAAUGAAAAAAAACAGUAACAAAUCUGUAAACGUUAAAUAUCCUAAUUUAGUCAUAGUUAAAGGUGCAAAAUAUAGUAUGUAUACAAAUGUAUUGUGGUUGACAAU